AAUCUAAGUUUAUUUAUUAGAUUUAUUUUAAUAAUAAUUGAGUGAAGCAAUCUUAUAUAUAUUCAAAGGUUUGGAAUUAUUUUUUUAUAUAAUAGGUUUCAAAAAAAUUUUAUUUGAAAAUAUUUUCUUGAUAGUAUAAUAUAGUUAUAUUCUGGGAUUGAAAAACAUGUUCCAGAAAGAAUUCCGGAUAAAGUCAAAUGUUUCUCUUAAAGGCACUGAACUGAAAAAAUUAAAAACACAAAUCUUAAAGUCAUUAAAUGUACAAGAAACUAUGUUAGAUGAUUUACUAAGCAAACAAAUUAGUCUAUUCAAAAUUAUUACCCAUAAUAAUAAUAUCAUAAAAUUAUUUUGUAUUCAAGAUGUUGCAGCUUUAUUUGAAUUUAAAGGAAAAUUGUAUCCAUCAUUAUACAUGGUUUGGAAAUUCCCUCAGAUAAUUCCUACACUAAAAAUUAAUGAAAAUACAAAACCUAACUUAAAUAUACAAAAUGAGCUCAAAGUAAAUAACAUUAAAUCUGUAGAUAACAUUAAAAUUUUAAGCUUUCUACCUUCUGAAAGUUGUGUUUCUGUCUAUUCUACUUAUGGCAAAAAGAUAGUUGGUAUUGGCUAUAUAACAUUUGAUGGUAAUACAAUAAACGAACUUGAAGAAAGUUCCAAAUGUCUUAAUAUACUACACCAUUGUGAUGAUUUCCUGUUUAAAUUAUAUGUUCAAAAAAUUAUUCCUGAUACUAUUAAAAUUAUGGAAGAACAAUUUAAGAGUACAUUUAAUAUAAGUGAAAAUUUAACAAAUGUUCCUGAAAGUAAUAAAUCUUUAACAGAAAAUAUGGAUGAUUUAAUGUUAGAAUGUUCUCUAAAGGCACUCAAAAACUCAAUUACUAAAGAUAUGUUGCCUCUUUUAGCUAGUACAUUUUAUAAAAAAUAUGUUAUGCCAUUAAGUCCUAAAGAUCUAGAAAUAGAUAUUAAAAAAACCUCUUAUAAGAAAUUAUCUUCAUUUCUCCAAAUCCUAGAUAAAGAUGGAAUAAUAAAGUUCCAAGUUGAAAAAGAUGGAAUUGCUGUGAUAACUCACAUUAAUUUUAAUAAUGACAAGCUUUUAAAUAUUGAUUCACUGUCAAAAGAAAGUUCUAAUGAUUAUUUACCACCAGUUAAAGAAACAUAUAUAGUGACUUCUGGAUUACUUCCUCUUUUUUCUGAAUUUCUUUGCAGGAAAGGAGACGAGCUAUCCGUUGCUUCUAUUCGUAGAUAUAUAACUGAAUACGUCAAAAAGUAUGAACUUCAAGAUAUUUCUGAUCCAUCUAUGAUUAAACCAAAUGAAGUUCUUCAAAAAAUAUUAUCUCAGAGAAAAGAUAAGCUAUAUAUAUCAUUUAAGGACUUAAAUGAAGAAAUAAUAAAAUUGAUGCAUCAUACAGAAAUUUCUACUUUAAAUACAGACACUAAAAAAGCAUUAAAGAAGAAAUUAAAUACCAUUGAUAUUACUGUAAAUAAUCGUAGUGGAAACAAGAAGGUUACUUUGGUAAAUAAUUUAGAAAUGUAUGGAAUUGAUCUUGUAAAAUUUAGCAAAGAAUGUCAACAUGGUGUGGCAGCUAGUACAACCAUUAACAAUGUUCCAAACGCUCAAAAUAGACAAGUUCAAAUACAAGGUUGUCAAGUUCUAUUUGUGUUUAAAUUAUUGACAGAUCUGUACCAAAUUCCAGCUAAAUUUUUAAAAGGUCAUGAAACCUAUGUUAAAAAAUCAAAAAAAUAAAUGUAGCCUUGGUUAUAUUGAGUUUUUUUUAAUGUUUAAAUAUUAUAAUAAAUGUUUUGUUGUAAU